UCAGUUGUGGUCAAUGUGGUUUCCAAUAAACGGAGAGCAGCUGUGCGCCGUGACGCGCGCGUGGACAGAGAGAGAGAGAGAGAGGGAGAGGAGGGAAGGAGAGGGAGAAAUAAAGAGAGAGAGAGAGAGAGAGAGAAAGAGAGAGAGGGAGAGAGAGAGGGGUCUGUGUGCGAUAGAUCUCAUCCCUCAAAAUCGACCAGUCUGAAUCCCAAAAACACGAGAAGAGCCCUGGUGAUCUUCAAUGAGACCCGCUCUCUGCCUCCACCCCCCCCCACAAACUGACUUCCGCGCAAACUUCCAGCAGACGCCCGGCGCGAGCGCAGGGACACACCAUGGAUGUGCCACAUGAGGCGUACCCGCGAAGCUGAAGCCGCCGCUCAAAGUUUCUCCCGCAGAAAGCAGCGUGACACGGACUGAGCAGACGCGCAACUUUUCGCUCGAGCUUCUCCGACACUUUGCGUCCGUCGCCUCGCCACUUGGGAUUGCUUGGAUUCCGCGGCGCGUCUUUAUAUGUUCAGCCGGGGAGACGUGUAGCUUUUCGGGGUGGUCCGCUACAAGGAAGGUGACAUGCAGGUUCUCGGUUGGACCAUAGUUCUCCUCUGCCAGUGGAUCCUGCAGAAGGUCCAAGGGUUGGAAAAGCAAGUGGACUUCUCAGAUCUGGGUCCAGUGGGCUCGGUGAUGAAGACUCUUCCAUAUGGCGUGGGUGGAGGCACAGUCGGAGGAGUGGUUAAACCUCCAUAUCACACCCGCACUUUCUCCACAUCCAUCGACCAGACACCCAUGAAAUCCAAGCCUCCCACCUCGAGUUUCUUCAACCCGUACGACACGGCCCGGAACCAGUCCCUUCUACUGGACCAGACAGGCUACCGCUCCAAGCGCAAGCCCACGCUAAAGACAGCCAUGAAGACCAAGAAGAUAUUCGGCUGGGGUGACUUCUACUUCAACGUCAAGACUAUGAAGUUCAGCCUGCUGGUGACAGGGAAGAUCGUGGACCACAUCAAUGGCACCUUCACUGUUUUCUUCCGCCACAACUCGUCCAGCCUGGGGAAUGUGACGGUUAGUAUCGUGCCGCCGACCAAAGUGGUGGAGUUUGAGGUCCUUCAGCAGCAGCCGCUGCACCCCCACACCCAGCAUGACGUCCAGAUCCACGAGACGCAGCAGUCCACCUUCGACCCCAAAGAGACAAAGACCUUUAACUGUCGGGUCGAGUAUGAGAAAACCAACAGAUCCAAGAAGUCCAAACCCUGCCUGUACGAUCCGUCUCAGACCUGCUUCACAGAGCACACCCAGUCCCAAGCUGCCUGGCUCUGUGCCAAACCCUUCAAGGUGAUCUGCAUCUUCAUCUCUUUCUUUAGCAUCGAUUACAAGCUCGUUCAGAAAGUGUGUCCGGACUACAACUUCCAAAGUGAGCACCCUUACUUUGGCUAAAUACGUUAGACUGAACUGAACCGAUGGGAAAAGAGACAAUGUCAAAGACAACAAUGAUGAGUAUAAUGAUAACGAUGGAACUCAUAGUCAUAUUGAUUGCGACGAAGAAGCAGGGGACAGUUUUCUUUGCCUCUAAACUGCUGUGAAUUGUGGAUUUUAAAUAAUGUAUAAUCAGAUUUAUGGAUGGUUAAGAUACGACUGAUUUCUCUGACUUAUUUUCCAACUUUGUAUUUGUUCACUUCCGUUUUUAUGUAUUUAUUUGUUCCUGUAAAUAAUGUACUCAUCCUCAGCAGACCUAUUGUUUUUAGAUUAUUGUUUCCCUGUGUUAUUACUUUUUUCUGUUGGAGAAUUUGGUUAAAAGCAGCUGGAAUCGGUAUUAUGCCCUUCAAGAACAACGUGAGCCUCUGAGGCAGCUGUGCUGUGCCAUGCUUGUAUGGCAUAAUGUUAUGGUAGACUGACUGUUAAUCAUACUCUCAGCUCUACACGUCAAACCCUGGAUAUUAAGAGAGUUAUAUGUAUGAGAAAUGCUAUGCUGGAUAUGCAUACAAUAUACUGUAUGAAAAAGCACAUUAAAAUCCCUUAAACUGUU